AGAGAUGCGUCGUCGUGUCGCCUGAAGGGACGUGCGGCGACGAGGCUCCUCUCGCGCCGACGAAAUUUGCUCACACCUUUUUUUCUCGAGGCCCGUGCUCUUGUGCAUCCCCUUCCGUAACUGACGCGAUAUCCCCGUCCGUGUGCGUGCGUGAGUCGCGAGCGCGCGACUGAGUGGUGUCAUCGUCGUGUGAUUUUUUUUUUUUGUGCAGUUUUUUUGAACGGUGUCAGAAGAGGACGAGUCGUCGAUCGCCACCGUAACGCUGCUGCCCCGUUUGUGUAGUGACCGUGAUUUGGCGGCGCGCGAAGGAAAGGAUGGUGUUUCGUGUUGACUAGUGAAACAGACGUGCGCGCGUUGUGACGAAGCCGUUUGACGAUUCGGAACCGUGUCACACCCUGCGCUUCCCAAGUGUUGUUGUUGUCAUCGUCGUCGUCGUCGUCACCUGGCGUGAAAACGAUUUGGGUCCUCGAGGCAUUCGCGACGCAUCGUGGUCAACUGGGUGAGGGCGUUACGAGACAUCGCGAUUCCUACUUGGCUUACAGGGAUGUCAUCUCCCUCCAUCUGAAGCCAGCUUUGCCCGCAACGACGUCCACAGUGAAAGCGAUAUCGUCGAAGUUCGGUCAAGGAACAUCCACGUGACACACUGCGACGGCCACGGUAUCGGCUGUGGCUUUGUCGAUGGCUUCCGAGAAGCUCGUCGGCCUCCGUUGAAAUCCACAGGUGACGACGACGCGUGGCAAAGGCGCGCGCGCGCGCGCGUGCGUCUAUAAUCGGCUUCAUUUUUAGCGAGAGAGGCGAAUCGACGCGUAACCGCGAAAUACGCGCGCGCUUCAAGUGCGCCGUUCGAGUAGGCAGCGGCAACAAUGUACCGGGACGGUGAAGUGAUCCUCGAAGUGGAAUGCGGCGGCAACAAGGGACUGCUGUACCUGUCGCGGCUCUGCCAGGGCUCGAAAGGGCCGUGCAUUCUCUUCAGGGAUACCUGGCUGACCCCGAACGAGUUCCAGUACGUGAGCGGACGUGAAACGGCCAAGGACUGGAAGCGCAGCAUUCGCCACCAUGGCAAGUCGAUGAAGUUGCUGCUGGCCAAAGGCGUGCUCUCGGUGCACCCGCCGGUCUGCGACUGCUCGGGCUGCAGGAUCGGAUCACCUCUGCAGCAGUCUCUGGGCAGCACCGUCGGCGGCCUCCGCAGCGACCGGCUCAUAUCGGGCGGGGAGGCGGCCAAGCGGGCCGGAGCCGGAGGCCAGAGCCCCUCGGAUGGCCACAGCCUCGCCGCUGCCUCCGCCGGUGGGGCCGACGACAACGCCGAGCUGCAGGGCGGCGCCUCGACGCAGCAGCUGCAGUCCUCUUCAGCAGCCGCAGCAGCAGCAGCAGUCUCAGCAGCAGUCUCGGCCGCGGCGGCGACCGCAGCGUCGUCUCCCGCGUCGCUGCUGGCGUCGCUGAACGCCGGGGCCGCCCUGCUUGCCGCCCGGCAGUCGCAGCAGCAGCAUCAUCAGUCGCCCAACCUCCUCCUCGGGUCCGCCUUCAACGCUAUGGAAGCGGCUCGCAAACACUCCCUAGCAGACAGCGCGAGUCCAGAGCCAAAACGCGAGAGCCGCCUCACGUCCAUCAUCGACCAGCUGCUGAUCAACAAGACCAAGGACUACUUGCAGCAGUGCAGCGACCUCACGAAGAGCACCAACCACCACAACAACAGCAACGACACUUCCCAGUCGCCGGCGCUUGACCCAGGCACACACAGCAGCCAGCCGUCGAGUCCUCUGUCCCGCAACUCAGCCGGCACCGGCGCCGAGAACACCGACCGGCUCGAUAGCGACGUUUCGGACCGCCUCAGCAGCAGCAUCGCCUCGGGAUCCGAGGAAGAGCCGCUCGACAAACCGGCGGCGGCGAGCAGCGGCGCGACGAGCAACGGCGGUGUCGUGGGUGUCGGUCCGGCGGCCGGCGUGACGACGGCGAGCCGACGCAAGCGGUCGUCGGCGGCUGCGUCGCAGCUCCUCCCGGUCAACGGGACGGCGCUGCUGACGCACCCGGCCAGCGACAUCAAGGUGGAGAGGCUGUCGCCCGAGUCGGACACGGCGUCGCCACAGUCUUCACCGUCUCCGGCGCGGGUCUUCCCGCCCGGACUCGGUUUCGUGUUGGGCCUGCGGCCGGGCCUCGUGCCGGGACACCCGUUCCCACCGGGAGUCAUCGCGGCGGCCGCCGCACAGGCUGCCGUCGACAGGCAGACGCUGGCCGCGCCGGCGCUCAAGCAGGUGGAGAUGAUGACGAGGAACUACUCGGACUUCAUGAGGUCGCUUGCUGCCAAGUACAACAACCCGACCGGACAGGACGGGUUUGGUUUUAGCCCAAGCAAUGGAGGCGUGCCUCCGGGCCUGCUUCGAGGCUUCGAGCCUCCGUUCCCUUUCAAGGCGGCGGGAACGCCUCCGCUGCAGACGUCGGGUCGCCAAAGCGCGGGCCGAGACGGCGGCAGCGGCGGCGGGGUCAACAACAACAACAACGCCGCGUCGCACGCGGCCAACGUCGCCGGAGGAGGCAAUGUUGAUUCCGAGUCCGCGGGUCACGCGACGCCCAACCACGGCCUGCCGCCUCACCACGGAGGAGGCCCCGUCGCCUCCGCAGCGCAGCCGCGCGCCACGCCACCCCUGAAGCCGUCGUCGGCCACGUCCUCCCCGCCGUCGGCGCUGCUGGAGCCGCAUCGGGGAAGCGCGCCCUUCAACCUCUCGGACUUCUCGUCGUCUCAGACCCUGCUGAACCUCGUGAGGACCGCGAGCGCACAGAGCGCCUCCCAACUCGAGACCUAUCUCCGCGGCGCCGUCAAGAGACCGCAUGACGGGGAGCCCGCGAGGGCCGACCCCCUGGACCUGUCGCUGGGCGGCACGGCGAUCAAGAGACCCCGGUCCACGGACAGCCCGCGGUCCUCCUCGGGCUCCAAGGAACCCGCGGACGGCGCGCGGACGCCGCCCCGCAAGCAGGCGACGUCUCCGUGGCUCUUGCAGUUGGAGGGCGCCCGGGGAGCGUCCAAGUCGCCCAAGCUACGUUGUGGCUCCGUAUGCUCGGACCAGGCGUCGUCGUUGCAUUCGCCGUGCAGCGGCGCCGUGGGCACCACCACGAGCGAGGGCGGUCAGCAGCAGCAGCAGCAGCAGCUGGUCGCCAAGUGGACGGUCGACGAUGUGGUCCAGUUCGUCGCCUCGGUCGAGUCCUGCCAGGAGUACGCCGAGAAAUUCCGGGAGCAGUCAAUCGACGGCACGAGCCUCCCGCUGCUGACCGAGGACCACCUGACCGUCUACAUGGGCAUGCGACUGGGGCCGGCGCUCAAGCUGCGCACCACGCUGGCCAAGAUGACGGGCCGUUGCACCGUCUGCAUGCACUGCAUCCACUGCCACGGAGAGGAGAACGACCGGCGCUCGACGUUCUCGGCAUCGCCGGCCUCAUCGUCGACGCCGGCAGCGACCGCCCCCGCCACGUCGGCCGCCGCUUCUACCGCGGGCUCCACCGCCGCCGCGCCGCCCCCGGCACCGGGCACCCCCGUUGGGGCGAGUACGCCCCCCGCUCCCCCGUCCGCGACGCCACCCAGGGCGUCGCCAGCGCCCGCUCACUCGCCGGCGUCGAGCAAGUGAGCUCGCGUGUCGUCUCCACACAAGCACGGUCGCGCAUGCUGCGAUUGGAAGAGACCCUUGCUCACCACAUGCCCCGAAAGGAAAGAAAAGAACACGCGUAUCAGUGCUCAAGGACCCGAAAGCAUCCGUGCGCGUUGUGUGUGUGUCUGUGCGCGCGCGUAAAUGCCGCUUGAGCGAACGAGCCACCGUCAUCGCCCUCCUGCCCAGAAGUCAGACACGUGUGUCUCUCUCGCAGCGCAGCGCCCCACACGCGAAGUCAAAAGCACGGACUCUUUAUCUUCUCCGCUGUCUCGCCCGAAAGCGAGAGAAAGAAAAGCCUCUCCUCAAACAAAGACGGCAGCGGCAGCGCCCUCACAACUGGUGGAGAGUCGUCCGCUGUGCGCGCCAACCAACUCCUUUUCGUGUCCUGCUGGUCACCUUCGCUUGCCAAGACUACAAAAGUCAACGACGGCGACCUCGUGAACCACUCUUCUUGUUGACGCUUACCCCAUGAAUGUGUGUGCGCGCCCUGCUCGGACGAACUCUCUCCUGGACGACCACCUCGAUGUCGGUGAACGCACUCACAACGAGCCAACGUCGACGGCGACCUCCUGCAGCCCACAACGGACUCCUUCGCGACAGAGAAAAGAAGUAUUCUGUGUGCCGGCGGACAGAUGGACAGUCAAACCGGCGUCGCAUUUCCGGCGUGUCGCUGAAGGGACACGAACUGUGCCGUUCAUGCUGCACCGCGGACUUGGAAGUGUGUGGGUCUGUUUUCUUUUGGCGGAUUGAUGUCCCGCGCUUGUGCACGCCAGACCCGAUCAGUGCACGCGCGUUCAAACCGUUCUCCAGAUGGCGCGCUGAGUGCACACACGUCAGGAGCCCUUCGCGUCUCCUCUUUACCGCCCUGGUAUUAUAGAGACCGGGGACGAUCCAUGACGGUUGGCGAAAGCGCUCGCGUCGCUCAAUUGCUUUAUUCUUUUUUUGUGGCCGGGCGAAGCGACGGCCUCGUAAUUUAUUCAACCCGAUCUCGGAGUUAGGAAAGUUCUCUCUCUCUCUCUCCCUAUGGAUAUACGUGUCCUAAGCAGUACACAAAGAGUCUGCUCGCGAGGCGAAAAAGGGGGCAGAGACACGAUUCCGCAACCUUCCCCGUAUCCGUUCGUCCCCCUGUCAGGUCGGUGUGUCAACUUGAUUAUUUUUUUCAUCUAAUGCUCAACGUUUCUCCUGUCCAGGUGCGUCGCGUACGCGCUUGUUUCGCGAUCGCGCGCGCGGAAGCUGAGGUUGACAAACACACACUCAUGCACGCGGUGGGUACUCGGCGACAUAUAACGACAGGGCGAUGUAGACGUCUCGCACAUCGUGACACCUUGACAGGGGACGUAAAGACGGCAUAAUAUACAGGAAGCUUUAUCGUCAGUCAACGCAAGGGGACUUGAGAAAGAGUUGUUGUACAACCCCGCAUGGAGCGGAGAACGGAUCCCCACGAUGACAAAGAAGUAAUAAUGACAAUAAUAGUAAUAAUAUUGACGAUGGCGAUGGUAAUAUCAUCGCUUACGUUGUGUUGCUCUGUAAGGAGUGAUGAAGGCAUCAUCACGCUGUGAUUGCGAUAUCUUCGGGAGGCCCGGUGUUAUACGUACGCUGCCGUGAGUGGCGGCCCGGCCUGUCGCCUCACUAUUCAUUCCAUGAAGAAAAAAAAAUUCGUUAUUUUUUCUCUUCGGUUGCUUGUUUAUUUUCUUCUUCCUUGCAUUUGUUUUAACUGUUUUUUGGGUUCUACCUUCCUUUGUGAGUCAAGGGUGUUUAAUGUGUCUUGCGUGUCACGUGUAUUACUCAUUCAUGCGUAUGGUUGUCAGCCACACACACCUUUUCACUGCAUGCGGUCGGAAACCCCCAGUUGUAAGAGAAAAAAAAAAGUGUCCUCACAUUCUCUCUCGCCGUACUGUUUCUCAAGCGAUGUGCGAGCGGUAGUUUCCUGCGAACUUUCAAAAGCGCUCAUGGUUAUACGAUGUUUGCAUCGGCGGGAACCGCCCGGCCGUUGGAAGUGAUUCUCGAAAGAACCAUAUUUCAUCCGCGUGAUCUGUUUCAUCUUAUGCGAACUGUUGAGGUGUGACGAUGCUUAUACCAUUAGCGGAUUGUGCGUGCGUGUGAGCUUCGCCUAUCACCCGUCCUUUUUCCAUCAGAGCUGUGUGUUCUUAGAAAUAUCCCUUUGAUUUUUUUUUUCAUUUUUUGAAUGGUUCUUGUUCGCGUUUGGUGAUCUCAUUCUAGUCAUAACCGAUGCUGAAAUGACAUAUGUGAAUUUGUUUUACGAAGCAAACGAGUGCUACUUUUUUAUAUGUGUGUGGCGAAUCGAAGUUUAUGCUUCUUAUUUUUCAUGAAAAAAAGGCUAGAACAUUCUACGAGCGUACCUUUUCAGUGUGGGGUCAGAAGAAAAGAAAGAAAGAAAGUUUGUGUGCUUAAUUAUGUUUGUUUAUUUUACCAUCUGUGUAUUCGGCAAAAUCUAGUGACUUGAAAGUUCUCAAGUCGUGCGAGUUGACUGUUGAGUCAACCGACGCUCUAAUGAACGGCAAAUGAUGAAACAAGGCAGCUGCCCCCCCUGACUAAUGAAGCAGUGAAAGUUUACAUGGAACCUAUACGUCGAGUUCUGACCACACUUUGCAUGGUUGUGAUGAAUGGCAUCGCGGCUAAUAUAUACGCUCAUGUAUUUAUGCCUUUGCCAAAUACUGUUUCCUCCUCCUAGUUUUCUUGGUUUGAAUUACUCCGUUUACCAAAUUUAUCGGCUGGCUGCGGUACUGACAGUAACUGCUUUCAGUAUUUGAAAACAAAGCAGACUGCCAGUUUCGCUCAAUGACAUUUAUGGAAACCAGAUAACGUGAGUGCAAAAUACGAUGUGCUCAUGGGAAUUCUACAUACAGGUGCAUUUCGAAUCACAGGGACAAAGUGAAUGACAGUCCUUUGGCGAGAAAAUUCACUUUAUGCCUAAGCUCAGCAACUCUGAACAGAAGGUAUGAACACAAUGGGGAGAUUCCUGCACUUCAUCAAAACAGUCGAUUGUCAAACAUCAAGAUCUCAGUGCCAGAUAAACUAUUGGUCUAUGGCAACGUGUUAUGCGAAACAAAAUUACAGCAUUGCCCGCCUGCAGAGUAAAACUCUGUUGCAUUCAUUAGAGUUGGUUUCUCCACUCCUUCGGCGCUGUAGUUUGUUGUACGAGUCAAAACAUCGUGCGAAAGAAUGCCCUUUAAUCACUAACUCAGAAUUUGCUGCAACCUUGCGGAAUUCCUAAAUUGGAGGCAAGCUCAGUAUCCCGGCGAAGAGAACCACUGUUCAUUAUGUUAUCACUCUGUGUUGUGGGCAGCGCCCAAUAUUGAUUGCUGUGGUUUUGCUCACGAGACAGAUUCUGUUGUUCCUUCAGUGAUAACGUGUGUCUGUGUGCGUGUGCUUUGCAACACAUUUGAAAAAAAAAUUGUUUCUUUCUUGGCCGCGGUUUCAGGGUGAACCCGCUGUGCCGCGCGGUAUUUGUUAUCCGCCUGCGGGAUUUGCCUUCUCUCUGUUCUCACUUUGUGUAUUCUCCUCUUCUUUUUUUUCUGUUUUGAGAAAGGAAGCAAAGAAGCCAUUUCGGGGUUUAUGUGUUCUGAGCGCGUUGGGGUGAAUUGUGUGUCGGCGCCCCGAAAUGAAAGAUGGAAGUUUUUAAUAUAUUUGAGUACCUCUAUUUAAAAGAAGAAGAAAAAAAAAAGAUGACCCGGAUGUAGGUUUCAUUGCGGAACAUUGUACAUACCGAUGUAUAUUGCAUGUAAAAUCAAGGUUCGAGAGAUAAAAACGUCGUCUACCCGUGAAGAAAA